GUCGGCUCCACCGCCAUAAACCCACGACCGCACCGGACGUCGGUUGCCGCUCGUCCACCGUGCGAACCCGCGUGCGAUGCCCGUCAUGAACUUUGGCGCCCAAGACAUCGAGAACCACAUGAGCGGCCUCGGCCGCCUGGCCGCGCUCUGCGAGAUGGGGUCCGACUCGAGCGGCGACGAGAGCGAAGGCGUGCGCCGCCCGCCCAGCGGCGACCGCACACAAGAGCUCACAGACUACGUGCUCACGACGAUGCGCCAGCUCGCGCGCAUUAGCGCCGGCCUCUCGGCGCUCGUGCCGGGCUCCCAGCAGCAGACCGCGGCCGCCGGGCUCAUGCACACGGCCAGCGCGUCGCCCGAGUCGACCGGUCGGCUCUGGAACACGCUGCAUAAAUUAAACGCGACGGCCGACACCAUCGUCGACGCGGUCCAAGCCGGCGACAUCACGCUGCAGGCGCUCGAUCUGACGUUAUUGCCGCCGGACCCGUCCAUGGCGCUCGAGACGAUCAACGUCAAGCUCCUCUCGGCGCAAAAGAAAAUCUACCAGCGCACCGCGAGCGACCACCUCCUGCGCACGACGCACAGCGUCCUCGACGACGCGUGGCAAAAGGGCGAAAUGGUCGCGCUCGAGGCGGCGCGCCGGUCGCUCAGCGCAUGGCGCACGUCGGCCGCCGACCUCAAAACCAAAGUCGCAUCGGCGCUCGCGAGCCCCGACACGAGCCCUCUCGAGGUCCUCCAGAACGUCCAGGACUUUCUCAGCUCGCUCACCGUGUGCAAGCUCAACGCUGAGGCGCCCACCGAGGCCGACAUCCAGUUCAAGGCGACGACGCUCGAAGAGCACGUCGGCCGACUGCAGGCCAGCAUCGUUGCGUCCAUGUCAUCCUCCACCGCUGGGCCGCGCGCCAAGCACACUGAGGGCCGGAAGCGCCCGCUUUCCAAGCACCUUGUCGAGCCCAUCGCCGUCGAGAAGCGCCGGCGCCCGUCGACGUCACCCUAUGCGCUGCCCAACCGCAAGCCGGCGGCCGAGACGCCGUCGCAUCUCCAGGGUGUACGCACGUACGUGCCAACGAAAACCGCCGAUGGAGACGAGUACGUCAAGGAGGCAACUGACGACGGCAGCGCCGUCGACGCCGCACCGGUCGGGGCCGCGACGCCGAUCGGGUGCGAGAUCUGUCAUGAGAACAACGCCCACGAGCAAAUGCUCUUGUGCGACAACAACUGCGGCCACGAGUACCAUCUCUUUUGUCUCAACCCGCCGCUCGAGGAUAUCCCGGAAGGCGACUGGUUUUGCCCGAGCUGCGAGCAAAAUUUGUGCUUGGCCCAGAAAUGCAAGCGCGUCUGCGUGCUCUCGCGCAAGUACUGCAGCCGCCACCUCUGCAAGGACGGCUCGUGCGGCUUCCGCGCCAAGAAGGCGGGCUACUGCGGCAAGCACGCCAAAUUGCUUCUGCGCUACGAGUCGGACGACGACCUCGACUCGGACAUGGGCCGAUAGAUGAGCUUUGUGUGCGUGUAUAUAUGAAAAAGCUGACGAGCAAACGAGGUGGACGUGCUAUCCCGUGGUGCAAUGGAAUAAAAUAGGAUGAGAAAGAG